AUGAAAUUAAUAUGUCGUUGCCAACGCAUACUUAUUAUUUUAUUUUUGGCCUGGAGCAGUGUGUUGAUUUGUUCAGCAUGCCUUUACAUAAUUCAUUUCAUUUGGUGUGCAACCAAAGAUAUAUGUACUAAUCGUGUUCUAUGUCCACAGCGUGAAAUAGUUUUAUAUCCACAUCUAACAAAUUUUCUUAAAACUGAUUAUUCACUAUGCAGUGUAAGAGCAACGAGACGCGGUCCACAUCAGCGUGUUAUUGGUGUAUCAGCUUAUUUAUCUAAACGAGAUAAUAAAGAGUUAUUACCAAAAGUAUGGAAAUAUGUUAUUGAAUAUGUAGAAGAAGCAAAAGAAAAAUAUCCCGAUUGGACUGUACGCGUUUAUCAUUAUUCACUCGGUAUGUCAAAAACAGCAAUAACAUUAAUUGAAGAUAAAUAUAGUAAUGUUGAUUUUUGUGAUUCAACAAAUAUUCCAACACUUGGUGAUAUUACAACUUGGUUACCGGGAAAAAUGCAUCGUUUUCUUCCUAUAGCUGAUUCUCUUGUCGAUACGUAUAUGUCGCGAGAUAUUGAUUCGCCUAUACUUGAACGUGAAACAGCUGUUGUCUAUGGAUGGCUAGAUUCGAAACAUACGAUUCAUAUUAUUCGUGAUCAUCACGAACAUAAUAUACCAAUACUGGGAGGCCUUUGGGGUAUUAAGGUCAAUAAAGAACGUGCAUUGAUUAAAAAUGUUUCUCAAUAUUUACUUUCACGCACUGUUGUCCAAUGUUAUACAGGUGCAGGUGAUCAGAAUUUUCUUGAAGAUUAUAUUUGGCCACAUGUAACUAUGUAUGACAAAAUGACACUUGAAUAUGAUAGUUUUUCAUGCAAACAAUUUCCGAAUUCACGGCCAUUUCCAAUACGAAAAGAAUCACCAACACUUUUUAUUGGUUGUCGUCGACCGAAUUGUACGAAAGAUAGGCAUCCAGAAUGUCCGAUGGAAUGUCGACCUCCCAAUCAUCCCGAGUGGAUUUGGUGUUGA